GGGCCGGUUUGAUUGAAGUGGCUUUGUCAUGCAAAUGUCAGCUACGUGAUCGAUGAUCGCAGUGCGCUGACAAACUUCUGGAGGUCCCCCUCACCAUUGGCGCCGUGACGGCACACGUGACCAGCAGUUGAGGUUCAAAAAGUGUUACAGGGAAUCCCAGGGUGACUGCUCAGGGAGGUGAGCUCUUCUUUUUUUUCUCUUCCACAUGACAUACCGAGAGGUUGCAGGGUAGGAGGAAUCCCCCGAAACGCAGGUUGACCCUCCGUCAUCAAUUUGCACAUGGAGAAUUCUAGAAUGAACUCUUUCUUAGAGUACUCAAUUUGUAACCGUGGGACGAACGCCUACUCACCCAAGUCCGGAUACCACCACUUGGACCAAGGCUUCCCGGCCCCUCUUCACUCGGGCUCCGGCACAACAAGUGACAGCUAUAACGGUGAUGGACGGCUUUACAUGGGGGGCAGCGCCCAGGCGGUUGUGGCUCAACAUCAGCACCAGAGCAGUAGCUACGCGCAUCAACAUCAGCCCCAGCCGCAUCAUGCCAGCAUGGUUCUUCCAUAUGGCAGUACAGGUACUGCGGGAUAUGGGGCGCAGGCGUGCGCAAACCCGGACUAUGGACACCCACAGUACUUUAUCAACGAGCAGGAAGGGAUGUACUAUCAAUCAUCGGGCCUUUCCGCCUCUAAUGUAGGCCCCAACUACGGCUCUCUGGCCGGGGCAUACUGCGGGGCGCAGGGGGCUGUCCCCGCGGCACAGUACCAGCACCACGGCUGCGAGGGCCAGGACCACCAGCGGGGUUAUUUGCAGAGCACCUAUGUUGACAUUUCGGCCUCACAGGAGAGGGAGAAGGACGCAGAGCAAACAGCACAAGGAAAGACUUUCGACUGGAUGAAAGUCAAGAGGAACCCCCCUAAAACAGCCAAAGUGGCUGACUAUGGAAUGGGACCUCAGAACACCAUCCGCACCAACUUUACAACCAAACAGUUGACCGAGCUCGAGAAGGAGUUCCACUUCAGCAAGUACUUGACGCGGGCCAGGCGCGUGGAAAUCGCCGCCACCCUCGAGCUCAACGAAACGCAGGUGAAAAUCUGGUUCCAGAACCGCAGGAUGAAACAGAAGAAGCGCGAGAAAGAGGGCCUGGCCCCGGCCUCUAGCACGGGUUCCUCCAAAGACCUGGAAGACAACUCGGACCAUUCCAGCUCCAUAUCUCCUGGUGCGUCUCCCAGCUCGGAGACCUAACGGACCAAAUAAACUGCAACUUGCAGGCACUGAACUUCAAAGUGAGGAUCUCGAAUGUGAAGAAAAAAAAAGUUGUUUGAUUGAUAAUAAGUCAAAACAUUCCUAUACAUGCUUGAAUAGACUAUUCGACUGGUUAUGCUACACGUCUGUAAUAGGAGUUU